CCGCAUUGAAGCAAACAUAGGGUAGGUCAGAGUAAGCGCUUCUCUGGCAUUUAAUAUUUUAUUAUUUUUAUCUCAAAAGAUACAGUAAAUUUACACGGCCAUAACAGAUAUAGAAAAAUUUAUAUUAAAAAUAGUAACAGCCGAUUUUCGGAGCUCAACAUUUUGCUUCGCUUCGCUUUGCUUCGCCUCGAAUUUUUUUAUGUGUACAGCGAAUUUUUCUGGCCUAACAAAAAUGUGAAGCAAAGCGAAGCGAAAGUUGCUUUUACGAUUUUUGAAGAGAAAAUAAUGGAGGUGAAAUUGAUUAAAGCCGUUAAAAGGCAUCCGUGCCUAUUCGAUAGAAGCUCAACAGACUUUCGUAACCAAUAUUUGAAGGAGGAAGCAUGGGUGGCAGCAGCGAUUUCAACGGGAGCCUCAGUGGAACAGUGUAAACAGCGCUGGAAGUCGCUACGCGACAGAUUUGUGCGAGAGGUGGUGUCGCAGCAAUCGAAACCGGAGUUUGCAACGAAAGAGAAGAAUGAGUGGUGCUACUUUGAGUUAUUGAGUUUUUUAACAAAGCACGUAAAUCCUAGAAAAAUGAAAUCAAAAAGACAAUCGAGCAUCGAUGAUCAGCCAAUCUCCAGUUAUUCACCUGCAACAACUCAGAGCGACUCAUGUCGAACAACCGAUUGCGAAUGGAUAGAAUUGCAACAGGACAAAGGUGAUCCAAAUGAUAGCCAAAGCAGCUUCGAGACACCUAAUUCCAAAAAAACGCCGAAACGUCGACGUUUGGGCGAAGAGGCGCACGAACCUUGCAGUCAAUCUGCUAAGCAGAAGCCCAAAAAUAAGGCAUUUUUAGUCAUGUUGGACGAACUUCUGCAAAAGAAACCAGCGCAAGUGCAGGAAAGUAAGAAUAAUACACAUGCAAGUUUCAAUCAUCUUUGUGGGACUCUUGAGGCGAUGUUCUCUGCUAAAAAGGAGUCCAAAAAUAAAGCGUUUUUAGCGAUGUUAGACGAACUUCUGCAGAAGAAACCAGAAGAAGUGCAGGAGAAGUUAAAAAUGGAAGUUUUAAACCAUGUAUUUAAUUCUUAAUACAUUUUUAAAAAUGUACUUCUGUUAGGAAUAAUUAUUUUUAGUUUAAAUAUUAGUAUAAUCGUACAU